AUGGCGGCACUCAUACACGUGAAACCCAAGUCGAAAUGGAAAAAAGUCGAAGUCAACAAAGGCUUAGGGACAGGCCACGAUUUUUCGGGCCUAAUAUGCAUGGAAGAACUAAUUGAUUAUGAAUUGAUAUCAAAUGAGUCGUCACAUAAAUCAAAGGACGGAGCUAAGGAUGAAAAAGUGCAAGCAGGAGCUGAAAAAGGGAAAAGGGAUAUUUCAAAUAAAAAGAAAAAAGAGAAAAAGAAAAACAAGAAAAAAAAGAAAAAAGAAAGUACAUCUGAAUCAGCAGUUAAUCAGGAUAUUGUAGAAACAGGUUCCAUAGGGAGGACAAAGAAACAAAAGAAAGGUGAUGUGAUAAAACUUUCUCAAGUAUCUGAUUUGGCAGAGGAUUUAUUGAAGGAAGAGACUACAGGCUCAAAAAAUAAAAAUAAAUCAAGGAAAAGGAAGAAAAAAGAAAACAAAAACCAAGGAGAAGAACCGAGGGUGAAGAAGGCAAGAAAAUCUGACAAUCCAGUGAUAACAGAUUUGAAGAAAAAAGAUGAAAAUAAAAGUGAUGUUCCCUUAAAGGUUUCUGCUACAGAUAUGGUGGCCUGGAAGGAUAUGCAUGUACCUGCGCCUGUGCUGUUCGCCCUACAGGAGGAUGGAUUUACUGUACCCACCCCCAUACAGACCCUUGCCCUGCCUCAUGCCAUCAGGGACCGACUGGACAUAGUAGGAGCAGCAGAAACUGGGAGUGGUAAAACUCUUGCAUUUGGUAUACCAUUGGUAGACAAGAUAUUAAAAGUUAAGCAAGAAGAGGAAAACAGAAAGAAAAAGAAUGUUGAGGAAGUAGACAGUGACUCAGGCAGGGAACUGGAGGAUGACAAUGAGGAAAUGAGUAGUGAAAAAGACAAUGAAAAGGAAAUUGAGUUGGAUAAUGAAAUGGUAGAUUCAGUAGAAGAAAAUGAGGAAGAACUGGUGUUUGAUACAUCCGUUGUUGAUGAUGAAGAGGAAAGCGAGGAAGAUGAGGAAUGGGAAGAAUCAGAGGAGGUUGAAGAUGAGAAUGAUGAAGAGUUAGGAAGUGAGGAGGGAGAGGAAGAAUUGGUUGAGGGGGAUGGAUUUGGAUGUGUGAAGGUGAUAGAUGAUGCAGACUUCUCAGAUAUUGAUCCAGUUUUUAUGAGCCAGUUUGGACCAAUCAAAGCCCCUAAGCUUCCUGAAAAACCACCAUUAGCUCUGGUGCUAGAGCCGACGCGUGAACUGGCAGUACAAGUGAAGAACCAUCUCCUCCGUAUUGUCAGACAUACUGAUAUCAAGGUAGUUACAGUAGUGGGUGGACUGUCCAUGGAGAAACAACUAAGAGUCCUAAAGAAGUGUCCUCAGGUGGUGGUGGCUACACCUGGUCGUCUGUGGGAGCUUGUACAGCAGGAUAGCACAUACUUAUCACUUGUGUCUGAGAUCAGGUGUCUAGUUGUGGACGAGGCUGACAGGAUGAUAGAAAAAGGACACUUCGAGGAACUAAGUCACAUUCUCAACCACAUCAACAGGGAUCCAGAGAAGAAACAAAAGAGGCAGACAUUUGUAUUCUCAGCCACACUGACAACUCUCCACUCUGGGCCUCACAGACAUGUGACCAAGAAGGUCAAGGUCACUGAGGAGCAAAAACUGGAAAAACUGAUGAAAAGAAUUGGUCUGAAGGAUCGUCCGAAGGUCAUUGACCUUACAAGGAAGAUUGGCACUGUGGAAACGCUGACCGAGGCUCGUAUCAACUGUUCCAUGGAUGAAAAGGACCUGUACCUCUACUACUUUUUGAAGCAGUACCCUGGUCGAACUUUAGUAUUUGCUAACAGUAAGGACUGUAUCCGACGUCUUGUGUCCGUGCUAACCCUCCUUGGCGUUAACCCUCUUCCACUACAUGCGGACAUGCACCAGAAACAGAGGCUAAAAAACCUAGAGAGAUUUACAGGUAACCCCAGGGGUCUAUUGUUAGCUUCUGAUGUAGCAGCACGUGGAUUGGAUAUCCCUAAUGUCCAGCAUGUUGUCCACUACCAGGUUCCACUCACAGUAGAGAAUUACAUUCAUCGAAGUGGAAGGACAGCGCGAGCCACCAAGGAAGGACUCAGUAUUAUGUUAGUAGGUCAGGGAGAUGUCAAGAACUAUCGCAAGGUCAUCAGCUCACUCAACAGAAGUGAGGAGCUACCAGUUUUCCCUGUCAACCAUCAGAUCCUUACUGUCAUCAAGAGAAGGGUAGAUUUGGCCAAACAGGUGGACAAGCUUGAACACAGUGUGACCAAACAGAAAAGGCAGAACGACUGGUUUGAGAAAGCUUCCAAGGAGGUAGACAUUGAUCUGGAUGAAAACCUACUGCAUUAUCUAGGAGAUUCACGAGAACAGUCACAACAGAAACUUCUUAUUCAGAACCUGAAGGCAGAACUCAAGGCUACAAUACAGUCAACUGUCAUCCCGAAAAACUUUUCUGGAAAGUACCCUACACGGACGGGGCACCUUGUGAUGCCCCACACCCAAGAUAUGACUAGAGAUGCAAUAGAAAAUGUGAAAAAUGACAAAAAGAGUCAACAAAAAAUGAUGGACAAAAUAAGACUAGCCUCACAGAAUGCUAAGUCUGGGAUUGAGAAAAAGAAGAAAAAGUGGAAAAAGAAAAAAGGAAAAUAAAACUAGAAUAUUUUAUACAUUGUUCUUCUAUGUUGAAUACAGUACAGAUUUCAUGGAAGUCCGUUUUCCUGUCAGCACUUCAUGGAAGUCCGUUUUCCUGUCAGCACUUCAUGGAAGUCCGUUUUCCUGUCAGCACUCGUCUGUAGUUACACGUAGACUGUUUAUAUUUCUUGUUUGUGACCACAACAUCUCCAAACAUAAGUAGACUGUUUAUAUUUCUGGUUUGUGACCACAACAUCUCCAAACAUAAGUAGACAGUUUGUAUUUCUUGUU